AUGCUGAUUUCAAUAUCCCAACCGGUAGACCGACUCUAUCUUGCAUCUUAUACUCACAAACCGAGCGAAUCCACUCCAUUCCAGUUUCCCACGCAACCAAAGUCCCCAAGCAAGAGGGCCUUCAAGACUCAACCAGCAGCAGGGAGCGCACCAAGAAAUAACAACCCGGUAUAUUUCACAGUUGACGACUACCUUCUUUAUAAUUCCUUCCAUGCCGAUUUUGGCCCUCUGCACAUUGGUCACCUGUACCGUUUCGCGGUCCAUUUCCAUGAAAUAUUGGGGGACCCUACAAACAAUGACCGGGCUGUUGUUUUCUGGAGCAAGCCUGAUGCCAGAAGUCGUGCCAAUGCAGCUUGCUUGGUUGCAUGCUACAUGGUCCUGAUUCAAUCGUGGCCUCCUCACUUGGCUCUGGCACCCAUUGCACAGGCAGAUCCUCCAUAUAUGCCUUUCAGAGAUGCAGGAUACAGUCAGGCAGAUUUCGUUCUGACAAUCCAGGACAUAGUGUAUGGUGUGUGGAAGGCGAGGGAAGAAGGACUUUGUGGGUUGAAGGACUUCAGUCUGGAAGAGUAUGAAAAAUAUGAGCGCGUGGACAUGGGAGAUUUUAACUGGAUUACACCGCACUAUCUCGCAUUUGCGUCGCCGCAGCAUCAACCAGUUGAGCCAAUCCCACAAAACACAGCAGAAUAUGCCGCUUUGCCUUCAACAAUCUCUGAAGUGCUCAGUUCGGAUCUUCCUGUUCCUUUUAAGAAUGUCCUCUCUCACUUUUCGUCCCGUAACAUUGGUCUGGUCGUCAGACUAAACUCGGAGCUCUACAGCCCGUCAUACUUCACUGCAAUGGGCAUUAGCCAUAUGGAUAUGAUAUUUGAAGAUGGGACAUGUCCGCCACUUCCAUUAGUCCGGCGAUUCAUCAAAAUUGCACACGAGAUGAUUCACAAGAAAAAGGGAAUAGCGGUGCAUUGUAAGGCGGGGCUUGGUCGAACAGGCUGCCUGAUUGGAGCGUACCUGAUUUACCGUUAUGGUUUCACAGCAAAUGAGGUUAUUGCUUUCAUGAGGUUCAUGCGACCGGGGAUGGUUGUUGGGCCUCAGCAACAUUGGCUCCAUCUCAACCAGGGCAGCUUCCGUGAAUGGUGGUUUGAAGACACCCUCAGAGAGAAACUGGCAUUUUCCAACCCUACAACCCCUGGCAAAUCAAUCCAAAAGCAACGCAUGACCAGCAAUGGGCAGACCGCCACUCCACCAAACCCAACAAGUCCAAAACGUCAUGCGCUUGGCGAGAUUGACAACAAUGAAGCUUCCGGGUAUGCGGAUGAUACGCUCCCCGCUCCUACGCCAGGGCAACCGCGUAAAUCACACCAGAAGGAUUCGAGACAUCACCCGUAUGCUCGUACCGUAUCGUUAGGGUUACGAGAUGAGGCGGGUCUAGAGGCAACUUCUAGGAAUGGAACAGCUUCAACAAAAGACGUUCGUCGCAGACUGGCAGAUCACAGCGAGAGUGAGGAAGAGCUUCAACUCCAAAUGCUUGCUAGGCGCGGGUCAUCGCGGUCCCCCAUCUCCUCACCCCAGCGGUCCAUGAGCCACUCCACCACUGCCACUGUCGGAUUGAGCAUUCAUGAAGAUGUGGAGAAUUACGGAGGCGAAAAGCAACUGAAGACGCCAAGUUCGACGGUGUCAAUGGCUGCUACUAAGAGUGGGAGCGGUGUGCUUGGUGUUGGGAAGGUUCGUGGGAGUCCGAGGAGGGUUGAAGGGAAGACCGAUAAGGGUGUGAGGAAACAUAGUGGGCGGAUUGGGAGUGCCGGUGGGGUUUCGAGGCUGAAGUAA